CACCUUAAAUAAUAAUUAAUUGUCCAUAAAAUCGUUAUUAAUUAACUUUUAUUUCUUGUUUUUUUCAGACUCCAUAUUGCUUCUUGUUACCGCCAUCUACUUACGAAUACAUUUCAUUUCAACAAGUCCCCUUGAAGUAUGGGAUAAAAUAGCAUGCUCAUUACCGAACACGUUGAUAGCAGACCCUUUAGACUGCAGCAAGUUUUAUUACUGCGGUCCAUUGGGAGAACGAUACUUGUUUAAAUGCCCUGGAAUGAGUUACUUCAAUCGUGCAAAUCAGAGAUGCGAUAUGGCAGGAAACAUCGAUUGUCGAAAAGAUUUUUCGGCCCCAAAAUAUCCUUCUCCAGAAUCACUCGAGAGAGAAUUAGACAAUAAUCUAAGGUAUACCAAGGAGUUUACAUUACCACCAACGAAUGUUCCACAGACCCAAAUUCUGCCUGGACCAGUUCCCCCGCCGUCCAUCUCCAUCAUACCUGAAAGGAGAAUGCCGCAGAACCUCCAAGUUCCUGUUGGGCCGCAGAACCCCCAAAUUCCUGUUAGACCGCAAAACUCUUUCACAUUUUCUCAACCACAACAACAAAAACAAUGGGAAGAACCGCAAAAGAAUAAUAUCAACUCCGUGACAUAUCCAAGUCAAUCACAAAAAGCCGUGACUCCAAAACCGUCUCCACCUAAGUCGACUGCUCCCAAAAAGAAAAAGAAGCCCUCUGACUAUUCAUAUUGGAACGCAGAUGAAGAGUUUAACUUCCAUGGAAAAGACUUUUACAUGCCAGGCGAAAAGAAAUCAAAGGGUAAAAAGAAAUCAAAACAAUAUCAAACAUCUGACACAUCGGGAGAUAUUCAUACAAGUCAAUCACCUCGAAAAAAUUCAUCUUCGAUGAAAGCGAAAUCCAAGGGCAAAUCUAAAUCACCCAAGAAACACUCCAACGAUCAUUACUAUUAUCCCUCGAAAUUCGACGAAGACUUUGAAAAGCACAUGUUUGGAUUCGAAGACGAAAGUGAGAAAAUAUUCACAAAGAAAUCGAAGGGCGAUCGCCACAAAUCGUCCAAAGGAAAGCAGGAUCAGGUUCAAACGACCCCUUCUAGACUAGGGCUACAAGAAGUUCCAGCAACCCCACCGACACCACCACUAACAGCAAUACGACCCUUACCGACCCCUGCUGCAGCUAUAUCUAAAACCAACAUCACCAUUAUUACGCAGUAUUUAGCCACCAAGCCUGACACAAGAACAAACAACAACGAAAAACCCCAAAUCCGUACAAAUGCCCCAACACCUCAGGGCUUCCAACAAAGACCAUCACCUGAAAAACAAGUGACAACGCCAACAACACCAUUCACCUCAGCACUCCCGCAAAUUUCAUCAACAACCCCCGUCACCCAAAGUGUCACAAGAUCUCGAGAUUACUUCCCUUUCACACUAAAUGAUGACAAAGAUUUCGAAAUCCGUGGCCACUCCUUCGAAUUACAGAACUCUUUCGAACAGAAUACGCAAAAACAAAGCACAGCUGAGAUCCAACAAACCACCGAGAGUUUAGAAGUCGAAAGACAGUCGUCCACGACAGAAACGCCAACAUCUACGGCUGCAGUAGUUGCAGCCAAGAAAGCUCAAGAUGAAAAUGAAUAUUCAGAUCCAUCUGGAGCAAACGCGGACGAGGAAUACGAAGAUGAUGGCAAAUCUAAAAAGUUUUCUAAUGCAAACCGAACUGAGAAACAGAAACAGAAACCUUGCAAAGAUAAGGCAAAAAAAUUGAAUAUAAAUGCAGAACAAUUAUCAUCAGGAACACCUGUAAGCAAGAAAGACGCAACGGGUUACCUACAUUAUUCGUUCCCGGACGAAGAUUUUGACUUUCAUAUUCACGUCAUUGGGGAGUAUCAGCCAAGUGAGAAAACAUCAAAACGCAAAACCAAAUCUAGACAGCAUACUACUAUGAAGCCAACUCAAAAAAAUAGAAAAGGAAAAAGUAAAUCGACAGAUGCAUCUGAGGAGGCUAAAGAACAAAUUGUUCUCAUUGUAGACAAUUCAAAAGCAAACGCCAUCAGUAACAAAGAAAGCACCAAUAGUAAAGAACUUAUUGAUGGUGGUAAUGGACGUAACAGAACUCCCAAUAGCAGGGAACGGUUCAACAGUAAAGAGCAACAUAACAGUGGUGAACAUACGAGCAAGGAGCAAACUAACAGCAAGGAAAACACUAGUAGUAGAGAACGUACCAACAAUAAGGAACACGCCAAAGAAAGCGAUAACGACAAAUCACAUCAUGAAAACAAAGAAAGCACGCAUGCCAACAAAGAUCAGAUGACAACAGAACUUCCUUCUACUGUUGCCAACGCGACGAGGCAACAAAUGGUAACAACUACUGAAAAACAGUCACUGAUGGGAGAGGUAGUAAGCACAACCCCUGCCGUCACCACCAUGGAAAAAUUGUACUCAAGUACAACUGAGGAACCAGUUCAACUUAUUUCAACAACUACACAAGAAUAUUCGUUUGCAUUCCCUUCAGGUCUUGAAGUGGCUGACGACUUUGAUUUCAGCAUUGACGCGGAAGAAUUCAAAAUGCCGGAUGAUUCUUCAGAAAAUAAGAAAAACGAGAACUUCGAUCUCAUGAGCUGGGGAGAUGAAGAUAUAGAAACAAAUGACGAUGAGGAAAACGAAAAUGAGGACGAUAACUUCAGCUUUGAUGACGAAACACCUACAUCGUCCACGGCUCCUUUGAUGGAAUUAAAUACCGAAUCACCUACGGAAUCAACCGAAGUUACUCAAAGAGGAACAAGUGCUGAACCAUUUAUCGAAUCGACAAGUAUUCUUAAUACUGAAGCUUUGAGUACAGAUGAAACUGGAGCGCCGCUUAUGGAAACAACCAUAGCUCCACUGAUGAAAUCAAGCGCUGCGCCAUCUGCGGAAGUAACGGAAUCUCCCAAUUCCGACACAAACAAAAAUCUAAAAGAAAUAAUCGGAAAUAUAGAAACUUCAUCUGUAACACCAAUGUUGGAAGCAGUUACUUCGGGCGAAGUUCUAGAGGAACAUAACUUGAAUUCAGGUGCAGCAGGUAACGUUACAAAUUUGUCAAAUUUCACUUUUGUCGGUAAAAUCACAUCAAUGGGUGUGAUAACAACCACUGAACAAACGGCUUUGCUGGUGGACGGCACCAACGCUACACUAAAAGGAUCACUGACGUCCAAUACUACCAAUGAUAAAUCCGGAAAACAAUCACCGCCUCAAACUAUCGUUUUGGCCUACAAAAGGAAGCAAUCGUCAGAGGAGAGUUCCGAAGAAUCAUCAGAAGAAUCAAGCGAAGAAUGCGAGAACAGCAAGGAAAGUUUAGUGGAGAGGGACUACUGGCAAAAUAAAGCUAAUCUUCAAGAUUUUGCACGUCUAACUUCACCACCAGCAUGGCUAAUGAACUCACAAAAGCCAUUGGCCAAUGAAACAGGCGCAAACAUUGUCGCAAACGUCACCAAUCAAGAUACAUCUGCAGUUAACAGCACCGAAAACGUAUUAGGAUACGAACACAGUACUCCUCCAGAAAGUGACACUUCUUCAAGAAACACAAACAGUUUAGCAUCUGAAAGUCCUUUCGGAAAUGUAAAAUCCUUAAACGUAUUAGAAAAAAUGUUUGAGAAUGACAAAGUGGGAAAUACCACAACAACUGAAGAGCUAUCAUUGGUUAUACAAGCCAAUUCGUCGUUAAUCAGUGACAAAUACGGCAACGGUUCAUUAACAGAUAACAGAAUGGGAUCUGAAGAAGUCACUCCUCCCAACGAGCCACUGGUGUCGACCUUAGCAUCCGUUUCGACCACACCCCAUCCAUCGUCGGAAAACCAAAUGACGACAGAAGGGGUAAACAUUAACAAUCCUGCCCUAAAGUUGCUUCUUAGAGAUUUCGAAACGUUCUUACGAAGGCCAGGCACCACUGUAAUAACGGUGGGCUCCUCUGUUACUAACGCGAUUGCGGCGGCAAAUGUCAAAAACGAGGCACCACAAAAAUCUGAAAUUGUCAAGCAGGAACCGAAAGUGGACAACAAGACUGUAGAGGAAAUGCUUAACAAAUUCGAAAACUAUUUAACGACCACAGAUUUAAAACCAGUAAAUCCAUCUACGCCGGCUUCAGUAACAACAAAGGCGUCAUCACAAGCGUGGAAAACCUUGCCACAAUCAUCGGAAAUCAGUAUAGACGAAGAUAUGCUGGACAAUCUCUUGUCCGGAUUCCAGAAGUAUCUGAUGAACUCUUCCGCUGUUGACAAUCCGGCCCCGUACUUAAAACAUUCGUUUCCUAUUAUAAAAAUUGCUUCGCAAGGACAAACUGCUGGUAUGAAACCAUCUAAAACUCAAGCACCAGUCCCUACUAGCACCUCAAAGCCUCCGACGUCUUCACCUAUCAAUGACAAAGCAAUGGAUUCUUUACUUCAUGAUUUUGAAAGAUUUCUGAUUCGUACCCAUGCAGGGUUUGUAAAAUUCAAGAGACCCACAGUUCCUGUAACCCAAACAGUACCAAUACAGACGUCCCCGACACCUUCUCAACCGAAAGCAACCCCUCCUAACAUGGAUGACGUUGCUGUUAACCAAUUGUUAUCGCAUUUCGACAAGUUUCUUUCGAAUAACCAUCUCAACACCAUCCAGACUGAUGUUGGAAAUGAUUCCGUAGAUUUUCAGAAGCCACAAAAGUCCGUUUCAGAAGUAGAUGUCGUGCAAAGGUUUGCUGCCAAAUCGGAGAAUCAUCAGAAGCCUUCGUCGGACACAGUUGCUAAAACGAAACAGGAUGCUGCAAUUCCUUCUUCUAUGCGUGAGACAGAUCAAAAGACGCAGCAGAAAACGCAAGUAGCACAAACACCGCGCCAACACCAAAUGCAAGAAAUCCAAACUCCAAAUCCAGUAAAGCAACAAGUGAAAACGGCAGCCCCUAAGUCUAUUGUCCUAGCACUUGCUCCAAUGAUGUCGUCCACUCCCGUGCCUGUUGUAAAUAGUCAAAAGAAGCCCAAUGCGGUACCAGUCACACCUUCCCCACAACAAAUCUUAAUCAACAACAAAAACAUAAACGACCUCUUCUCCAAUUUUCGAAAUUAUCUUUCUUUUGCUCGCUCCUUAUCAACUGAUAAUCACGAUGAAGACAUGUCGAUGUCGUACGCGAAGAAUCCAUUCGAACAACCACCGGUGCCAUCGAUGAUGUCCGAUAUAGCUACUCUUAAAAACUUGUUUUCUACAAUUCCAACGGUGGUCCAACAGUUGUCGAGGGUAGCGUCGACAUCUCCAGCUCCCUUUAUCCAGGCGGAUGUCACCCCCGCGUUUCCCAUAAAAUUCUCCGAGAUUCCGUCGACCGUUCAUGAUCUCGAUGCCACAGAAACGGAAUCUUCGAGGAACAAGUCUUUAGUUUCCACCACCACCGAACCAAUGCAAAUCGAAAGGGGGAAGAAAGCGGGAGAAGAUGAGAAGGUGAAACACAUGUUCGCAAUAGUUGGAAAGUACUUGUCCAGUACGGUCCGUGCCGUGGCCAAGAAGCCAACAUUACCGAUUAAAAGACUGUACCAUAAAACGGAACCCAGCAGCCGGUCGAUGGAAUUCAAGGACGACUUCGACUUUUGAUUGCAUUUGAUAUUUUAGUUUUAUUGGUAGGCUAAGUUUUCGUACUAACGUUAUGUAAAUAAAUUCAAUAAAUAACUUAUUUGAGCGAUACAAAUUCUUUCUAUUGUUAAAAGGUAAAAAUUGAACUCAUUUCUCUAAAACUAGAACACCCCACAUCCUUAAUUAUUGUGAACAACAAUCUUAUCUAGUUCUAUUUCUGCUCAACCUAACUCCCCUUUCUCGUUCUAAUAUGACUCUAACUAACCCUUUAUGUCUCAGAUGUCCUACCAACCUAUUUCGACUUCCAGAGCGCUUUCUGUUCUCUUGCUUAUUCUAAUACCUCAUCAUUUCUAACCAUCUCUAUCUAGACACUCCAAAAGCUUCUAACCUUUUCUUUUUGUCGCGUCCAACGUCCAUGUUUCGCACCUGUACUGAGCCAUGUUCAAAACAUGAUUGUCAUAUUGAAAUAUUGGGGGGUUUAA